UCACACCAUUCUUCCUGUUCCUCUAACUCCACACCUUCCGUACGUUUUAGAUGGCUAAUAGAUACACACCAAAGAGCAUCCUCAUAACCGGAGCUGCAGGCUUCAUUGCGUCCCAUGUCUGCAAUCGGCUCAUCCGUAACUACCCGGACUACAAGAUCGUGGUCCUUGACAAGCUUGACUACUGCUCGAGCCUCAAGAACCUGGACCCUUCAAGGUCAUGUCCCAACUUUAAGUUCAUCAAGGGAGAUAUUGCAAGUGCUGAUCUGGUUCACUUCAUCUUGCAAACCGAGUCCAUCGAUACAAUCAUGCACUUCGCAGCCCAGACUCAUGUUGACAACUCGUUUGGCAACAGUUUUGAGUUCACUAAGAACAACAUCUAUGGAACACAUGUUCUCUUGGAAGCCUGCAAAGUCACUGGCCAAAUCAAAAGGUUCAUCCAUGUAAGCACCGAUGAGGUUUACGGCGAGACGGAUGAGGACGCUGUGGUGGGAAACCAUGAGGCUUCUCAACUGCUACCUACGAACCCGUAUUCGGCUACUAAAGCCGGAGCAGAGAUGUUGGUGAUGGCAUAUGGGAGGUCAUAUGGGCUGCCUGUGAUAACUACUAGAGGGAACAAUGUUUAUGGGAGCAAUCAAUUCCCAGAAAAACUAAUUCCCAAGUUUAUCCUACUAGCGAUGAAAGGGAAGAUUCUUCCGAUUCACGGGGACGGAUCGAAUGUGAGGAGUUAUCUGUAUUGUGAGGAUGUAGCAGAGGCGUUUGAAGUCAUUCUACAUAGAGGUGAAGUUGGCCAUGUUUACAACAUUGGGACAAAGAAAGAAAGGAGAGUGAUUGAUGUGGCUACAGAUAUUUGCAGGCUUUUCAAUUUGGACCCUGAGAACCACAUUAAGUUUGUGGAGAAUCGGCCUUUCAAUGACCAAAGAUAUUUUUUGGAUGAUCAGAAGCUUAAAAGCUUGGGAUGGUAUGAAAGGACCACCUGGGAGGAGGGUCUCAGGAAGACUAUGGAAUGGUAUGUUAGCAACCCUGACUGGUGGGGUGAUGUCUCUGGCGCAUUGCUACCCCAUCCAAGGAUGCUUAUGGUGCCCGGAAUCGAAAGGCAGUUCGAUGCCCCUGAUACCACCAACUUGGAUUCGACACCCGUGACGAACAAAUUCAGUCAAAGGAAGAUGCUGGUCCCAUCUACAAAACACAAUUUACCAUCUCAAAAGCCAUCUCUCAAGUUUUUGAUUUAUGGCAGAACAGGUUGGAUAGGUGGACUUCUGGGGAAGCUAUGUGAGAAACAAGGCAUACUUUACGAGUACGGAAACGGUCGUUUGGAGCAACGUUCUCAGCUUUUAGCUGAUAUCCAAACUGUUAAGCCAACCCAUGUUUUCAAUGCAGCCGGAGUGACCGGUAGACCAAAUGUGGAUUGGUGUGAAACUCAUAAGCCCGAGACGAUAAGAACCAACGUUGUCGGUACAUUAACCUUGGCAGAUGUUUGCAGGGAACACGGACUCCUAAUGAUCAAUUACGCUACUGGUUGUAUCUUCGAAUACGAUGCUACUCAUCCUCUAGGAACCAGAGUCGGUUUCAAGGAGGAAGAUAAGCCCAAUUUCACUGGUUCUUUCUAUUCCAAAACCAAAGCCAUGGUAGAAGAGCUUCUGAGGGAAUUCGUCAACGUAUGCACCCUUAGAGUCCGGAUGCCUAUAUCAUCAGAUCUCAGCAACCCAAGGAACUUCAUCACAAAGAUUACAAGAUACAACAAGGUGGUUGACAUUCCCAAUAGCAUGACCAUAUUAGACGAGCUUCUACCUGUUUCGAUCGAGAUGGCGAAAAGGAACUUGAAGGGGAUAUGGAACUUCACAAACCCUGGUGUUGUGAGUCACAAUGAGAUUCUGCAAAUGUACAAGGACUACAUUGACCCAAACUUCAACUGGGUUAACUUCACCUUGGAAGAACAAGCCAAGGUCAUAGUUGCACCAAGGAGCAACAAUGAACUGGAUGCAUCUAAGCUCAAGGAGGAAUUCCCGGAGUUACUUUCUAUCAAAGAUUCACUCAUCAAAUAUGUCUUUGAACCUAAUAUGAAAACUUCUGCUUUAAAGUAAGCACCAUAAGUCUUUGAAGCCACCUCUGCUGCAUUAUCAUGGGUAACAUGAUCCUCAAUUACUUCAUUUUUUUUUACUUUCAUUCAUCAUGCAAGUGCUUUUGUUUGUUAUCAUAAUAAUUUGGCCAUUGUGGCCCAUUCAAUAAAGUUCAUUUUCACUUUUA